AUAUAGCCUUAAUAAAAAUAAUUAAUUUCAAUUUCCACCUAUGAAUAAAUCCUCAAGUGACAUUUCAACUUGCAAUAUUUUGACAUUUUCUUAUUAUAAGAGAUUAUUACAUGACAUCCACAUGUCCAACUCUUUGAUUUAUUUAUUCUAAUUGGUCCCAUCCACGUAUAUAUUUGUACAAAAUAAAACAGGUACGCUAGCUGUUUACCCUUCUCGAAAUUCCUUGUUUUGCGCAACUUUUAUUUCUAUCUCCUCAUCCUCCCUUAUUCCUACGCUCACCAUGUGCACGUUAGAGAAGCGCGGCAGUAUCUUCUUCCUCACGCUAACCGGCGCCACCAAGAAAGACCAGGAGCACCGCCUAAACCCGCCACUCAUCGCCGCCAUCCGCGCGGCGCUAGCUGAAGUCAGAUCGCAAGCCGUCCCGGGAUCGGCGCUCAUCACUCAAGCCGAAGGCCGAUUCUUCUCCAACGGCUUCGACCUCCGCCACGCGCAGGCCGUCGGCGCGGCCGCCGGCUCUGCCGAUGCUGCGGGGGCAGAGCUCCUCAACAUGGUAGAUCUGUUUCGAGGCGUCGUCGCCGACCUCCUCUCCCUCCCUAUGCCGACGGUCGCGGCUGUCACGGGGCACGCGGCGGCGGCAGGGCUGAUCCUCGCAAUGAGUCACGACUACGUCGUGAUGAAGAAAUCGAGAGCGGUGCUGUACCUGAGCGAGCUCGAUAUCGGCAUGAGCCUGCCGGAUUACUUCACAGCUCUGAUCAAGGAGAAAGUCGGCUCCAGCGCUGCGCGGCGGGAGCUGGCGCUCCGUGCGGCGAAGGUCGAUGCAGAGGCGGCGGUGCGGAUGGGGAUUGUCGAUGCGGCGUAUGAUAGCGCAGAGGACGUGGCGGCGGCAGCGGUGCGAACGGCGGAGGAGCUGGGGAAGAAGGAGUGGAGCGGCGAAGCGUACGCCGAGAUCAGGAAGUCCCUGUAUCCAGAUGUAUGCAGUUUGUUAGGGUUGGAAGAGAAGGCCGUCAUGCCGUCUAAGCUUUGACCAGACAGGUUCCAAUCCAAAACUUCGAGGCUUUGUGUGUGUGGUGUUACUGGUGUAAGUUGAAGGAAGAAUCGAUCAAACACACCUUCUUUGCUUGUCAAAAUUCGGACGAUCUCUGGAAAAAGAUCAUUCUUUGGCUUGGUAAGCAGACGGCUUUGCAUCGUAAGGUGAAAGAUCAUUACAAUGCCUUCACAAAUCUGGGGAAAAAGGAGGAUAAGCGCUUCCUGCGUGGAGUUUGGAUCUGCACGACUUGGGUCUUAUGGAAAGAGAGAAACGAAUGCAAAUUCAAUCAAGGCAAGUGGAAUGGAGAGAAGUUGUUUGCAGAGAUUAAAUCGAGGCUUUGGGGAUGGAAGACGACUUACAAGUUGUCGAUAUCUACUUCGGAUUUUAGGAGCUGGUUCAUGACAGCUUUUUCUUAGGCUUUCUUUUGCUGGUUUUCGGGUGUCUUUUGAAACUUGAGUUGUUACUAUUGUUUCCUGCCUGUAUUCCAGUACUUCUGUUACCUCAUUCUGUUUUAUUUGUCUUAUUUCUGAUAAAAAAAAAUAUUGAUAAUCAAAA